CGUAUCACCCCCAAUGCACUUCUCUCUCGUCGUUUUCCUUCUGCAGUGCCGUGCCUGAAACUUAAAAGUCCUCUUCCUUUUUCCUAAUCUUCCGGCCAACGACCUCGCCGGCGUCGGAUCACAGAUUUAUCGCCGCCGCCCGAGCCAUACCGGAACCGAUAAAUUAUGGCCCGGGCUUUGCUCCUCUCCCUCGCUGUUUUGAUAAGCUAUUACGGCGUCGUCCGGUGUCAUAGGUGUUCGACUAACAAUCACCACCGCAGAUUUCUCCUCCCACAGCAGCCGCAGAAUGACGGAGGCAAUCAAAAAAGCAACCAACGGACCACCACCACCAUGGUUCUACCCCUGUAUCCUCCGAAAGACUCGCCUUCCCAAGCUUCCGAUGCGAAGAGCCUCUCCCGACGGAACCUCCAGAACGCCCUUCCCAGCGCUCGUAUGGGUUUGCACGACGAUCUUCUUCUAAAUGGGUAUUAUACCACCCGUCUUUUGAUCGGAACUCCACCUCAGAUGUUUGCUCUCAUAGUGGAUACAGGGAGCACUGUUACCUAUGUUCCCUGUUCUACCUGCGAGCAAUGUGGCCACCAUCAGGAUCCUAAAUUUCAACCUGAUCUUUCAAGCACCUAUAAACCUGUGAAAUGCAAUAUUGAUUGCACCUGCGACAGGGACAAUGACCAAUGCAUUUAUGAAAGGCAAUAUGCUGAGAUGAGUUCUAGCAGUGGGGUGCUUGGCGAGGACAUUAUUUCAUUUGGGAACCAAAGUGAGCUCAAACCUCAGCGAGCCACAUUUGGUUGUGAAAAUUUGGAAACUGGUGAUCUUUACAGUCAACAUGCUGAUGGCAUCAUGGGGUUGGGUCGUGGAGACCUCAGUAUAGUCGAUCAACUAGUUGAGAAAAAAGUAAUUACUGAUUCCUUCUCUUUGUGCUAUGGUGGGAUGGAUAUUGGUGGCGGUGCAAUGGUUCUUGGUGGAAUAUCACCUCCUGCCGAUAUGGUCUUUACUCAUUCAAAUCCAACACGGAGCCCAUAUUACAAUAUAGAGCUGAAGGGGAUGUAUGUUGCUGGGAAAAAGCUAUCUAUCAACCCACGGGUCUUUGAUGGAAAGCAUGGAACUGUCCUUGAUAGCGGUACCACAUAUGCUUACCUACCAGAAGAAGCAUUUAAAACAUUUAAGCAUGCUGUCAUGAAUGAAGUUCGUUCACUGAAGAAGAUUGAUGGCCCAGAUCCAAACUACAAGGAUAUAUGUUUUUCUGGUGCUGGAAGUGACAUUUCCAAACUUCCAAAGGCAUUUCCAUCAAUUGAGAUGGCAUUUAGCAAUGGACAGAAACUAUCACUUUCUCCUGAAAACUACUUGUUCAGGCAUUCAAAGGUUCGUGGUGCUUAUUGCCUGGGGAUUUUUCAGAAUGGGAAGGAUCCUACAACUCUUUUAGGAGGGAUUGUCGUCCGCAACACACUAGUAACAUAUGAUCGUGAAAAUGAAAGGAUUGGUUUUUGGAAAACUAAUUGUUCUGAGCUAUGGGACAGACUAGGUGUACCUAGCGCACCUCCACCUUUGCCUUCAGAAUUGACUAACCAGAAUUCAACUGCAAAUAUGGCCUUGCCUCCUACUGAGAUUCCAAGGAACAUUACUUCAGAGGAAAUAAAAGUAGGCUAUCUGACGGUAUACUUGUCACUUAGCAAAAACUAUUCAGAUCUGAAGCCCAAAAUUUCAGAAUUUAACAAAUUGAUUGCCCAGGAGUUGCGUAUUAAAAUUUCUCAGGUCCAGUUAUUAAACUUUUCAUCAAGCGGAACUGAAUCCCUAAUUAAAUUGGCUAUUUUUCCUAUGAAACCUGCAUAUUACAUGCAAAAUGCCACUGCUAUGGAAAUUGUCUCAAGGUUAGCUGAACAUCGUUUGCACCUUCCUGAGAAAUUUGGAAGUUAUAAAUUGCUGGAGUGGAGUGUUGAGACCCCUCAAAAACGGACAUGGUGGCAACAAAAUGUGAUGGCUAUAGUUGUCGCAUUAGCAGUUGUAGCGAUACUUGGAUUAUCAGCUUCGUUGGGAUGGUUCAUUUGGACGCGUAGACAAUCACCCAUGUCGUAUAAGCCUGUAAAUAUUGCAAGCCCUGAACAAGAACUCCAACCUCUAUGAAAAUAUAUAUAUAGUCUGUACUAGAAAACCGGGAACUGUAUUUCUUUCUUUUUAAACCCGAGUUACAGGUUCAUGGAAGUUUUGUCUUUGCAGUGGUCUCCAGAUAUGUAAGUGAAUGUUUCAUGAUAUCUUUAAACUAAAAACCAUUUCAAUUA